GCGAGGUAAAGUGAAUCUAAAUCGAAACUGAAAUUUGGAAAACAAAUAUGUCGCACUUCUCUUUCUCGAAGCUGAAAAAUCGGUGAAAUCGGUAAAUUGUUGGUAGGCUACGGUUUUAAUUGUGUUAUCACAGUGCUAAAAUGUACAUGAAACUAACGAAGUAAUCAAGUCAUGAAAUCAUACUGACAUGUGUGAAAAAAUGAGUUCCAGAGAGAAUCCUCCAAAGAAAACAGGAUGCGACAAAGGCAUCGUGAAGAGGUUUAAAAUGAGACUUGACCUCAUAUUUGACUACAAUGGCUUAGUUAAUCAAGGAGCAACCUGUUAUUUGAACAGUGUGCUGCAGGUCCUCUUCAUGACUAAGGACUUCAGAGAGGCUGUGGAAAGUCACUGUGGUCAAGAUCAGAAGACUGCUGAUUUUCACCUGAACAGCCUUUUCCAGGCGUUAAAGACAAGUGAAACUCACACAAAGGACAUCUUAUCCAUACUUGGCAUUGGAAAUGUUUACGAGCAACGGGAUGCUGCUGAAUAUUUUGAGACUAUUUUAAGCAUGGUCAAUCCUUAUGUGUCUCAGAUCUUCAAAGGACAUUUGAGACACACAAUGAGAUGUUCAGAAGGUCAUGUGACCAGUGAUGAAACUGGUCCAUUCUGGACUCUACCACUCUCAAUAGAAAAUCAAUCAGACUCAAACAAAACCUACAGUGUGAGGGAUGGUUUUGAGGAGUUUUUCAAGUCUUCAACUGUCAGUGAGAUGUAUUGCGACCAAUGCAAUGAGAAAACCUAUUCAACCAUUGCAUGUAAAAUGGAACAUCACCCAGAGAUUCUGACUCUGCUCCUCAAGAGGUUUGAGUUUGACUACCACAGUAUGUCAUACACCAAAAAUGACUGCUGUGUUGAAGUUCCUCACACGUUACGGACAAAGAACUGUGACUAUGAACUCUAUGCAGUUGUGGACCAUGUGGGAAGUCUAAGAGGUGGACAUUACACUGCUAGAAUCAAGUCCUAUGAUGAUCACAACUGGUAUGUGUUCGAUGACAGCUACGUCAGACAGCCCAAUCCACAAUCAAUCAGUCAUAUGAAUAAUGAAAGAUCCCAGAGUGUGUAUCUGCUUAUGUACAAGAAAUGUGGGCCAGUUGAGAACAAGUUCUCUGUCACGAAUACCACCGAAGGUGGCUCCCCUUCCUGCUCGGGUGGCGCUCGGCGGUCGUCGUUGCCGGUCUAUUAGCUGCCACCGAUCCCUUUUUCCUUUUCGUUUGUUUUUGUCUAAUUGUUUUCACCUGUUCCUUGUUGGGGUUUUGGGAUGGGUGUUAUUUAAAUUCGUUUUGCCCACUGGUGUUUGUGCGGGCUUGUUGGUUGUUACGUUUGGGUCCUGUGUGGCUCAGUCGGUAGAGCAUGGCGCUUGCAACGCCAAGCGUCGUGGGUUCGAUUCCCACUGGGACCACCCAUAUGUAAAAGUAGUGGCCCCAGCCGACUUGUAAGUCGCUUUGGACAAAAGCGUCUGCUAAAUGGGAUAUAUAUGUAUCGUGGUUUGUUUUGGGUUUUCGCUGUCCAGUGUUUGUAUCUAGGUUCUGGGUUUGUUUAGCGCCAGUGUUCUGGGCAUUCACCCAUGUUUUGGACGUGUUACGUUUUGAAGGACAUGAAAGCGUUUUCCCGUUCAUUUCGCUCUCUGCAUUUGACUCCUCACUCAUUUCACUCACCCGCCGUUACAUUCUCAUUUUCAACUGCGACCUGGCCAAGAUAAAGCAAAAUGGAGAAUGGAGACAGACUAUAACAUAUAGACACGUGGACAAGCUGAAUGUGCUUUGUACACUAAGUUUUACCAGCUCCAGUAAAGAGAUCAGAGACUCGGGUGACUUCUACAUCAUCUUUACUAAACAACACAAUUAACAAUUGAAACAAUUAACACAGCAGAGGAAAACAAGGUUUGACCACUCCUCAAAAAUGGCUUCACUCUUGCUCCUCAAAAGAGGCAGACAGUCAUUUUAUUGUAGUCAACUGCCUCCACAUAGAACAUCUCAUAAUGUCUCUGUAACUGGAACGAGAACAUGAAUGGUUCCUUGAGGAGAAUAUUCUUCAUCCAGGCCAUCAUACAGCCGUAGUUUUCAGUUUUGUCUAGAAAGAAAACAGAUUGUGGUCAUUAAGUAAUGUAAGGGAACCUCUAGUGAUGUGUAUACAAGAAUGCACCUUACUUUAGCUAAUAGCCUAUGCUGUACCUGAUCCUGCAUUAAAUACACUGAUGUAACUGAAAAAAAUAGGGCAAAUAUAAAAAAAUGUGAAUGUCAAAUAUAUUCAAUAAACAAAGAAAUAGUACCUCUGUGCCUCACUGAAGCAUGACCUUUGAUGUGGUUGUUGACCUUUGGUGUGGUUGUUGACCAUAUAUUGUUCAGCCUUAUAUGUGCAGAAGGGGCAGUGAUGAAGUUGACAGCUGCUGCAUUUUUACAUUUUAGGACUCUCGCCCUCCAACAACACACUAACGUGUCUCUAUACAUCAAAGAAAAAUAAGCAUAGACAUAAAAAGGCAUGAAGGCAUGGACAUAGAGUGGCAUAAAAUAGGCAAUAGGCAUUUCAUUAUUGUAUAUACUAUGUGUAGGCUGUGUAGACUCGCUAUGUGUAUCUUAGGGAAUGGCCGUCGGCAUCAACGAUGCAAGUAGGUACAUUUGUCCAAAUAAGAUUUCCUCAUUGUAAGCAAUUGCCUAAGGGUGCUAUUGCUAACGUUAAUUAGCUAGCUCACGUGAAAAUGGGUGCUAAUUAACACUAUGCUAUCGGUGCGGGGAGUUGGUUAAUUCCAAAAAACAUUUGUAAUUACAGGAGACAGGAGGAGGUAUAUUAUAAAUUGUUCUCUUGGUUUUCAAACUUUAUUUUUGUUUCCAAUUAGUGCAAUCUAUUCCAAAUUGCCUUGCUAACUUCUGUAGCUAGCUACCAGCACGAGUGUGCAGUUUUCUCUGUCAGAAUGGUAGAAGGGCCAACGAUGCUGAAAAUGUUGUGGACUUUUGGUUGAAGAACCCCUUUCAUUCUCUGGUCUACAGGAAAAGGUGCAAAUUAAAAGCGAAGGUCGACCUCUGCCCGAGAUGAGUUUCAUGUAGAAGGAUGAAAAGGUGAGGGCUUUCAAUAUAAACUGGUAUCAAAAGUAUAUCGUUAGCUGGUUAACAGGGAGCCUUUCAUCAGGCCGCCUGUAUUUCUGGCCUUGCCUGCUUUUUGGAAAGUCCGAGCCUUGGUCAAAAAGUGGGUACAGUGCCACGAAGAACAUAGAUUGUUCAGCUAACGAAAAAACAAAAGCAGGGCAUGCAAGAAUUUGCUUUUAGAGGACACGACGAGAGGGAAAGUUCCAUUAACAAGGGCAACUACAAGGAGGUUGCAGAGGUAAUUACGCGUUAUGAUGCUUUACUUGCUGAACAUAUCAAACUUUCAACUGUCUUUUCUGGGAUCUCGAAAACAAUUCAAAAGGAUUUGAUAGCUUCCAUCGCAUCAUCCAUUAAAAGUUAGAUUAAGGGGAGAGCUUGGCGCAGCGCAUUUUGUCUUGUGCGCUCAGAAGACGAGAACACAUAAUCACUCUGGACAGACACAAGCAAAAACUCAUGACAUAAAUGUUGUCAGCAGGCUACACCUAAACAUUCGAAAUCUGACAUGCUGUAUCGGAUGAUAAACUGUUAAAAAUUGCCCCCCCGCUCUGGGACCUAUGGUGCCACCAGUCUGUUUGCAGUUGUCAGUUAUCGUCAGAUAUGUGGAUGAUCAGGGCUUUAUUAAGGAACCUUCCUUGGGAAGCUUUAUUGUGUCAAGUGGGUGAGAUGCGCAGUCUGUGUUUGACUUCAUGAAUUUUGAGAUGUUUGUAGAAAAACUUGUUGUCCAAACCUAUGAUGGAUUGUAUCCAUCCAAAAGUGUUUAAACUCAAAACCUAUUUCCAUUUUCCACUGAAACUGUGAUUUUUAAAAAAUAAAGUAGUUGUACAAUAUCAUUGGUAUGCUCAGAGCAUCUUUUUACAGCUUGAGAAGUUGACAUUUUACUACUGUACUUGGGCCUUUAAUAAGGAGGUUUGCUGAUUACAGAAGACAGAUUCCAGUUGUUAGGUUUGUUAGUGACUCAAAUUUUCUGCUGAUAUUCUGAUCUUGUAUCUCACUCCACAGUUUCCUGGCUCUGCGGACCCCUGGGAGAUUGAUCACAGGUCUAUAAGUCUGCAUUUCAAUUGGACUGGUGUGUAUUAUAUGCCUAUAGGGAACACACUAUUCCCUUUGAGAUGGACAGCUCCUGAGGACAUCACCAGUAGAAAGUUCACCAUCAUGGGUGACGUGUGUUCCUUCGGCACCUUGCUGUAUGAGAUCGUGACCUAUGGGGAGAUGCCCUGUCCCAGUAAGAUUUGUAUAAUUAGGAUAUAUUAAUCUCCUUGGCAUUAAAGCUCAUUGAGGGAAAAAUUGGACAAGAAAAGUUCAUACUAUUAUCCCAUUUGACCCCAAACACUUCUGGAUAUCAGAUAAACAGUUACUAACCACGAUUUCGACCUCAAAUAAGACUUAAACUCAGCUGUUGCCCGGUCCCUAUUCCUUUGUUCCAUUAGCUACCAAAACCCUGCAGGCAUAGACACAGUAGACGAGCUGCAGCCCUAGUGAAAAUUAUGAGAAAACCGAACGGCGCUCCCCUCCUUUCUGUUGGCAAAUGUCCAGUCACUUUAGAAUAAGAUGAGCUUCGUUUGAGAGUCUCAUGUCUUACAGAUACGUGGCCAGAUGAUGACACUAUACACAUAGUAAUUUGUGGAUUCUUCAUCCAGUGGCAAGAUCGGA